AUGUUAACAGCUUUGACUUUCGAAAAUAUCCAACAUGAGAUUUAUUCUGUUACUGAUAUUCUUCAAUAUGAUACAGGAAAAUCUCUUGUUAUAGUUAAUUGUUUUAAUAACUUGUAUAGUUUUAAAGUUUUCCAAACUAUUACGCAUAAAGGCAUUCAAAAUAUGGAAAUAAAAGAUCCUGAAAGCUAUAUCCCAGGUAGAUAUUUCUUCAAAUACCGAAAUAUCAAAAAAUUAAUUUUUUCGGAAAUAACUUCAACGCCUUCGAUCCAAAGGUUCUCAGAAAUGUUUCCUAAUAUAGAAGAAAUAGAUUUCGAUGAUAACGUGCAAACAAUAAAAACAAUUUUUGCAUAUUCAAAUUUUAAAAAAGUUCAACUUAAUAAAGUAUUUCAUAUCUCAUCAUAUUGCUUUUAUGGAUGCAAGAAUCUACAGAGCAUUAAUUUGUUAUUAUGUUCAACAAUUGACGAGUUUGCAUUUUGUAAUUCAGGACUUGCUGGUAAGAUAGAAUUAGGUAGUGUUAGUAUUAGGUAA